AGCCCACACGGACUUUCCAUUUCACACACACCCCUCCCCCUGACAUCAGAAAGGCAGAGGCGCUCCUUCGCCCCGGUCCAAACUCCACUUACAAAGCCCGACAUUCAAUCUGUCAGAGAGGAGACCUGCAUGGACAAAUACCCAUGUUUUCCUGCAAUUUGUGGCGAUGAGGGAUCCCGCGGGCUUAACGCAUCUCCAUUUACCAAAGAAGGGGCUAUUAGGCCCAAUUAUUUGUUAGGAAAAGAGUGGCAAAGGAGAAGGGGAGUGCAUGUUACUCGGUGGACUUCAUUUCCUCAAUGCUGAAGAGCAGGAGCUGGAUGACAUGAUGCUGCAGAGCCCGCUCACCUCCACGCCGUUUUCUGUCAAGGAUAUCCUCAAGCUGGAGCAGCAGCAGCAGCAGCAACAGCAGCAGCAGCAGCAGCAGCAGCAACAGUCCGGGUCCCUGGAGCUCUCGCACCGGGUCCACACGCAGCAGCACUUGCCCCGUUCUCCUCCCCAGCAGCCGCUUUUCCAAACGGCGCCGUCCUGCAUGCUCGCCGGGGCCCGGGACAGCCCUUCCUUCUCGGAUGGAGAAGACAACCUGGCUUACCUUAGCGCGCUGGCUGUGCGGGAGGAGGACCGCGGGGAGACCAGCCUGUCCCCGGACAUGUACGUCCACCCCGGCCUGCAGGGAGCCAAGCUGGAAGCCGCCGAGCUGGAGGAGCAGGAGAGCAAGAACUGCGGGAUGCUGUCCAGGGACGAGGCAGCGGAAGUCGGGCAGGGAGACUCGGAGAGGCCGGUGCAGAAGCAGAGGAGCCGGCGGAGACCCCGAGUGCUCUUCUCCCAGGCGCAAGUCUUCGAGCUGGAGCGGCGCUUCAAGCAGCAGCGCUAUCUGUCCGCCCCGGAGCGGGAGCACCUGGCGACCACCCUCAAACUCACCUCGAACCAGGUGAAGAUCUGGUUCCAGAACCGACGCUACAAGUGCAAACGGCAGCGGCAGGACAAGUCUCUGGAGGCGGCGGGGCAGCACCACCCCCCGCCGCCUCGGCGUGUCGCCGUGCCCGUGCUCGUCCGAGACGGCAAGCCCUGUCUGGGCGGUGCGCAAAGUUACGCCGCCGCUGCUCCGUACGGCUCCAAUCCGUACAGCUAUAACGGAUACCCUACCUACACAUACAACAACCCCGCUUAUAACACCAACUACAGCUGCACGUACACCAGCAUACCAACCCUUCCUCCGUCCGGCACCCCCAACGCCUUCAUGAACAUGAACUUGGGAAACGUGAGCGGCCUCAGCGGCUCCCCACAGGCCCAAACACACCAAGGGACACCGGUCAAUUCCUGCCAGGGCUCCCUGCAGGGGAUCCGAGCCUGGUAGCUACAUUACAACCAAAACAGCGCCGUUUUUUUUUCUUUUUUUUUUUUAUUAUUGGAGCUUUUCAUUUUUUAUUUUUUUUAUUUUAUUUUUUUUCGGUCAGCCCACAGCCUUUUAGAAGUGUGUAUUAACUUGGUCAAAAUGUCUCAGAAAACAGUAUUGAUUAUAUCAUGGAUCUGCGCUUGGAUUCACGCCACUCCACGGCGCUGUGAACAAACGUGCGCGUGAAAAAGCUGGAUGUCACGCGGUGGCAUGUGCGCAGAGCUGGAGUGAAUUUUAUUUUGUGGUCCAAUCAUUGCUGGUGCUCUAGUUUGGCACCGGGAGGACUAAGGCGCAGCGGGGAAAGUGCGCACGUGUUUGCGCAUUCUUUCCUUAUUUGUACUCACGCAGACGACUAAUUUUUAAAUGACUGUUUUUAACUGUUCUAGGCCAUGGAGAGACUGCAUUGCUUUAAAGUGUGUUUGGUUCAAAAGAGAAUUGUUUUAGUCUAUUUCACAUCUAUACAAAUAAAACCGAGAGAUCAAA